AUGGAGAUUAUCUACGCGACUGACAUUAAAAUAACAAAUGAUGGUGAAGAUUUCGAACGUGUCUUAGCUAUGGACGUAUCCUGCAUGAAUAUUCUUGCUUGCUCAUGCAGCUAUCUGUUUGCUUCGAGUAAAUUAAAAUACAGUCCACAUCUUGUUUCGACACCUUUACAACAAGCCGCCAAAUCAUCAUUUUGCGUGUAUAUAUGCUCACUUGAACAACCAUGGCAUUUUGGUCUGGUCGCAACCUCCAAUGUACCUAUUGUUCAUCUCACUUGGAGUUUGGACGGGACACAUUUACUUGUAUGUAAUCAAACUGGUAUUUGUCGAAUAUUUAAAAUGAAGAAUGGGUGUAUUAACACAAUGGAUAAUAUAUAUCAAUAUGAAACCAAUGAAGAUAUUCUGAUCGCCAAAUAUAUAUUUCAUAAAGAUCCUGUCAUUGUUAAUCUUGAAAGAAAAGAUUCUAUAUUUUAUGGAAAAGAAGAUACUCAAUCACCAAUGCUACCAUACGCAUUGAAUUCGGGCAAUUUCGUCUGUAUAACAACAUCGGGAGCGAUUCAUACAUUACCACUCAAUCGUUCACCACCACCCUAUCGUUAUAUUCUUUCCCAAUACGAACCAUUAGGUGUCUCCUUGUGCGACAUAUUUGCAACAGAUAAAGGUUUCAAUGUUAUUCUCGGUGAACGUGCACAAGGUGCUCUUGUUCAUUUCUUUAUUGUUCAUUACGAAGCACUCGAACCGAAAGUUUCUUACAUUUCAUGUCGUCGUCGUGGUUUCCGUAUUCCAUCAUGCUACGGACAACUAGAAUCCUUAGUUUACUUUCAACGUAAUGGUAAUGAUUGUGUUUUAACACGAAUGACCUCAUCAACUGGUGAUUUACUCGAUCUCUAUGAAUACAAUCUUGAACAAGAAGAAUGGAUAUCGAUAACACUAUUGAAUUCUCCUCACGCACGUAUUACGUCUAUUGCUCUAUCACCAAGUCAAUUAUUGAUGAAAGAUUCUGAGUUUCAUGGUCAGUUCGGACGGCAGCUACUUGUUGCACUGAGUGACGGAUCAAUAUUAAUUUAUGAUAAAUUGAAUUUAAAAUGCAAAGAGCAAUGCUAUCCGAUGAACAACACAGAAUUGUUUACACCGUCCGAUGGAAAUCAAUCAGAACACUUUAUUCGUCUCCAACAUACAUCUUCAGGUUCGUGUUGUCUUGGUUUUACUGGAAACGGUAUUAUUAUUCUUCUUCGCACAAUGAAUCUGGAUCAAGCAUCGACACCGUCCAUGUUAAAUGUUCUCGUUCAUUUAUUUGAACAAUACAUUGUUCAACUUCCUCAUCCAUGUGACAUAUGGGAUAUUCUAUGUUUGGUCUCCAAUUCUAACUAUGAUAACGUCAUCAUCAAUGAACUUGUUGAUCAAUUAGUUGCACGAUAUGAUGAAUUAUCGAUCGAAUUAAAACGAAGUUACUUCGUUCGAUUCAAACAAUGCCUUUAUCAUUUACACCGUCUUGCCGCACCUUUCUCAACUGAAAGUUGUGAACACUUAACCAGCCUACUCGUCUACCAUAUUCUCUUGAUCGUUCGUGAUUAUUUACGGUUAUUCAUCUACGAACCGACCAAUCGAGACUUUGUUGAUUCAGUUCAAGAAAUUCUUCAACAACCAUCGUUUAUUCAAAAUAUUGAUGCAAAACGUAUAAAGUAUCUCGGUGAUCAACCAUUACCUCCCGAACUAACAACAAUCGAUCCGCGACAUUAUCAAUUAAUAUCCUUUACGUCACUAGUCAAUUGGAUAUCAGACAUUAUUUUCUAUCUGAUCGGUUAUUUACAAUUGCAACAGAUACCACAAUGGUUAACGUGCAAACAAUUUUUUAAUGAUUACAGACAAAUCCAAUGGUUAAGAGAAUUCCUUGUCUAUUUCUAUGUCUUAAAUAAGAUGAACAAAAUUCCAUACACUAAAAUUGCACAUAUACAACCGGUAUCACAAACAGUUCAGACAGCACCUGAUGCUCAGACAACAACGGCAAAUACAAGUCCACAGAAAGAUGUUCUAAAAGAUAUUUACAACAGUUUAUCAAGACUUACACAGAAAAUCGAAAGUCAAAAAUCAGGCACCCUGGAUGAAUCUCUGCUCGAAGAUUUUUCAGUCUUAGAUAUUGAAACCCUACAAUCGAAAGCCGACGGCAUGUUUCCCAAAUCGUAUUCAUUUCUCAUACAAAAUUCUCGUUUACCACAAACAUUCGUUCGUGGUCAAGCACCAGCAUUUGCUGCACAUCUCUAUGGAAGUCCCAUGACAGCGGACACGUUAGCUGCAGCUGGAACUAAUCAAGCAUCAUCGUACAGUAGUACACUUUUAAAUGACGACAAUCUACAAGACAUCAAAUUCGAUAUAAUCACUUUGAAUAAGAUGUCGUUGUCAUCAAAUACAACAUUUCGUCGAUGCUUACGUUGUUCGAAUUUCUCUCGAAUAUUCAAAACUAAACCAUAUCCAUUUCUGAACUAUCGCUUAAACAAUCGAUGUUUGUGCGGUGGAUUAUUCUUAUUCUACACACGAUCGUCUUCGUUAGGAGGCAAUAGUACUAACAGUAACAUCAAUGAAUCGUCAACAACGGCUUCUGGCAGAUAA